AUGCGCCACUUCGACGCCUGGGUCCUUCGUGAUCCCUAUUCUAUUUGGCAUUAUUACCCAACUGGCCAUCGGUGGCGCGACACCGUCCGCGAUUUAAUCCAAUCACGUGCAAUCUGCUCCCCAGAGAGCAAUCUCCACCCACCUAUAGACUGGAAUCCAGAAUCAGCAUCAAGCCAAUUCCAAUUCGAACCUCAAGAAUCUCCCCUUCUCUGCCUUCCACCUGAACUCCGCCAAAUAAUAUGGUCCUAUGUCCUCACCAACUCCCCAACUCCAAACACCCAAACCCCUCAAACCAUCCACUUAGUCCAACUAAAAGGCAAAAUCCGCCAUGUGCGCUGUCCAACCCCAGCCCAAAACCCUCAUCAAAACCCCCAUAAACCCCAACUUCCGUCAAACCCCUCCCUAACCCAAAAUCGCCACUGCUGCCCCACAACCCCAGCCCGGUGGCGCAUCUACGACGGCCGCGUGCCAGGCCACAGCGACAGACUCCUCUACCCACACACCCACUCCCUUCUCCCUUCAACCCUAAGCAAUAGCAACAGUGCCCUGCUCCGCGUCUGUCGGGCCAUCUAUUUCGAAGCAGAGCCAAUCCUGUAUAAAGCCUCGCAUUUCGACGUCGACGAUCUAUUCACCUUCAUUGCGUUCGCGGCGUCGCUGUCGCCUGUUGCCCGGAAUGCCAUUUCAAGACUGACGGUUCAGUGGAUGCCGAUCUGGGUGCCGAUGGCGGGGUUGGAUCAUAAGGGGUCGAUCUAUGCGCAUACGCAUAGUGAUGAGUUGUGGGUGCGGCUUUGGGAUGUUGUCGCCUCGUUGGAGGGAUUGCGGGUGUUGGGGUUGAGUUUGGAUUUGGGGAGGUUUACUAGUGUAUUGGGGAGUACUGGGGAGGCGGUUGUUUCGGGUCAGAGGAUUCCGUUUGGGAUUGGGGAGGAGUGGGUGAAGCCGAUUCUUGGGAUGUGA